UAAAAUCAAUACCGGUGCUCCUUACCCUGCACAGAAGCUCUUGAGAGAGGUUUCUGUGCGCUCCAAGACAACGGCGCCCAGCAGAAGGCCGAGGGGGAACGAACGAACACACAGCACUCGACGGAGCAUUGCACAGCUCUUAACGCUAAUGGCGGUUUCUGGAGAUCUCAGAGUCUCCGCAACACUCUGCUCUCACCAUCCGCACCCUCUUCGGACUUCUUUUCGCUCUUCAAAGGUUGAAUUCUCUGGUUUUUCAAGGGGAGGGCCUUGCAUUCAGGAAGUUGCACUAAAAUGGCGCAACAUGGCAAUUGAUAGUCGUAAUAGGCGUGGCGUUUCUCAUAUAACUACUGGAAGCUCAGGAAGUUAUGAACUGUCGUCAAAGACAUCGAGCCAAGAAGCUGAAACCUUCCUUAUGAAUGCCAUAAACAUGAACUUCUUUGAGCGUUUAAACUUGGCUUGGAGAAUUUUAUUUCCAACUCCAGCAUCUAAGAGAAACUCCAACGCACUGAUCGCCAAGCAGCGACUAAAGAUGAUCCUGUUUGCUGACCGAUGCGCUGUUAGUGACGAGGCUAAACGGAAGAUUGUUAGCAACAUAGUGCGAGCUCUAUCAGAUUUCGUAGAAAUUGAAUCGAAGGAUAAAGUUGAGUUGAGCAUGUCAGCAGAUGCUGAUCUUGGAACCAUUUAUUCUGUGACAGUACCUGUGAGGAGGGUGAAAAAAGAAUAUCAAGAAGAAGACGAGAGUGGAACGAUAACGAACAUAGAAUACAAAGAUAAGGGAGAGACAUCUGGUUCGGUCGACGUGAGGUUUGAUUUCUUCAUUCCAGAUUGAAAAAAGAACAUCAAAAGCUGUCCUAUUGUUGAAAUGGAUAAAGAAUUUGUAUUUGAAGAGUGGCAGUAACCAAAGGUUUCUUCUUCUGUACAUAAAUUGUGUAUUGAUUUCUAUCAAAUUGAGAUUGUAGGUUGGAUUUAGUCCUUUUACCGCAAAGGGCUUUUGUUUUGCUGUGGUUAUUUAUGCGUAGUUGUGUUAUCUGUUUUC